UGGCAGCCCUGCUGAGGGUGCUGCCUCUUCGGGGUCAAGAAAUAUUCAAGGAGCGAAUGAAACCGAAACACGACAGUUUUACUCAGGACAGCUUUCGUUUCUGUUGUUCUGCUAGAUCUUUUUCUUGUGGCCUGAGGAGGUCUGCUCUAGGAAGGAGAACGCCGUGUUGACACUGCGCAUCAGAACACCGUAGCAGCACCGUCAGAAAGGCUCUUAUUCUGCGUCUGUAAUAAUUGAAAACAGUGGAUGCUAAUUGCGGCGUUUUUGCAGCUCGGAGCGGACAUAUGAUGUGACAUGUGGCGGGUUUGAUGUUAAGAGGACUGCAUCUAAUGGCCGGAUAUAACCUGUCUGUGUGAUAUAUGCAUUGCUGUGCUAAACGAUGAUGUGUGCUGCUGCGGCAGCGGCCGCCGCCGGUGGAGGGGGAAUUUUACCCUCUUUAUCGCCGUCCGUGGGGCUCGGUGUCAGGGUAAUUUCUGGAAUGGGAGCCGAUCUCACCACCAUCGGUUCGGGAAUGGGUUCUUGCCCGACUGUCGGAGCCCAGUCGGAUUGUCGGACUCGGUACCAGCUUUUACUCUCAGGACGAGCCCUUGCGGAGAGAUACAGACGGAUUUAUACCACCGCCAUCAAUGAUAAAGAGCAGGGGAUAAAUCAGGGAAGGGGGAAGAAGGCUUUGGGUAAGAAGAAACUGAAAAGGCGACAAAAAGUCAAGUCAAAAGUCAAAUCAAGAACAAAGGCCGAGAGUCUAGAUGGAGCUCUCUUCGUGCCAGACAUCAAACUGCACAGUAACCCCUCUGCGUUUAACGUCUACUGCAACGUGCGACACUGUGUUCUGGACUGGCAGCAGAAGGAGGCCUCCUUAGCUCUGGCCUCCAGGACCUCGGUGCAGAGCGGCGACUCAGACAGCGAGGAGGAGGAAGAGUACCGUGAGCCGGCGAUAAAGCUUCCAAAGAUCAUUGGCAUCGGCCUGUGUGGGGUGUUUGAGCUGAUAAAAGAGACUCGGUUCUCUCACCCAUUACUGUGCCUGCGCAGCCUGCAGGCUUUGUUGGACAUGCUGCAGGGUCAACAGCCAGAGGGUUUCCAGACGGAGCCUCCUGAUGUGUUAGAGUCUCUUUUCCAACUGCUGUUGGAGACCACGGUCCGGAGCACAGGGGCCAACGACCCAACUGGACAGGACAUCACCGCUCUGUCCUGUGCAUGCCUUUUCAGUCUUGUGGUGGCAUGGGGAGAUACAGGCAAAAUCCUGCAGGCUGUCUCUGCCAUUCUCACCAAUAAUGGUAGCCAUGCAUGUCAGACUAUACAGGUCCCCACCAUACUGAAUGCACUACAGAGAAGUGUCCAAGCUGUCCUGGUGGGAAAAAUCCAAAUCCAGGACUGGUUUGGAAAUGGCAUCAAACGUGCUGCACUAAUGAACAAAUGGGUACUGAAGGAAGUGUCCAUCGAUGAAGACGAGCGCUGUCUUCUACAGACUGAUGGUUCCUUUCUGUAUUUGCUCUGCAAGGAUGGACUCUACAAAGUUGGAUCUGGAUAUAGCGGUACUGUCAGGGGACACGUCUACAAUUCGACGUCUCGAAUCAGGAAUCGAAAGGAGAAACGGUCAUGGCUUGGGUUUGCUCAGGGAUACUUGCUGUAUCGGGACACAAGUAACCACAGUAUGUCGGCCAUCAAGAUUAACCCUGAGACUCUGGAACAUGAGGGGGUGGUCACCAUGCCAGGUCAACAUUCAGAUGGACAAAACAUCAUAUUCACAGAUGGAGAGUACAUUAACCAAAUUGCAGCCUGCAAAGAUGAUGGUUUUGUUGUGCGGAUUUACACCAUGAGUUCAGACCCGGCCCUGCAGCAGGAGCUGCAGCUGAAGCUGGCGAGGAAAUGUCUCCACGCUUGUGGUAUCUCUCUCUUUGACCUUGAAAAGGAUCUACACAUCAUCAGCACUGGCUUUGAUGAAGAGGCAGCGUUACUUGGAGCAGGCAGGGAGUUUGCUCUGAUGAAAACCGCCUCUGGAAAGAUCUACUACACAGGAAAGUACCAGAGCCUUGGCAUUAAGCAGGGUGGCCCAUCAGCCGGUAAAUGGGUGGAGCUGCCCAUCACGAAGUCUCCAAAGAUCAUUCAGUUCUCAGUCGGCCACGAUGGUUCCCAUGCUCUUCUAGUAGCUGAAGAUGGGAGCGUUUUCUUCACAGGCUCUGCCAGCAAAGGAGAGGAUGGCGAAUCCACUAAAAGUCGCAGGCAGCCCAAGCCAUACAAACCCAAGAAGAUGAUCAAAUUGGAGACAAAAAUAGCUGUGCAUACGGCUUGCAAUAAUGGCAGCAGCAGCAUUGUCACAAAGGAUGGAGAGCUCUACAUGUUUGGCAAGGACGCUAUUUACAGUGACAGCACCUGCCAAGUGACGGACCUUAAAGGCCAUUUUGUAACUCAGGUUGCCAUGGGGAAGGCUCAUACAUGCGUUCUGACUAAGAACGGAGAAGUGUGGACAUUUGGGGUGAAUAACAAGGGUCAGUGUGGCAGAGACACUGGAGCCAUGAGCCAGGCAGGGAAAGCAUUUGGCGUGGAGAGCAUGGCCACAGCCAUGGAUGAGGACUUGGAGGACGAGCUGGAGGACAAGGAAGAGAAGAGCAUGAUGUGUCAGCCGGGCAUGCACAAGUGGAAGCUGGACCAGUGUAUGGUUUGCACUGUGUGUGGAGACUGCACCGGGUACGGUGCCAGCUGUGUGAGCAGUGGGCGGCCAGACAGAGUACCAGGAGGUAUCUGUGGUUGUGGGUCUGGAGAGUCUGGCUGCUCAGCCUGUGGCUGUUGUAAGGCCUGUGCCAGGGAGCUUGAUGGUCAGGAGGCCAGGCAGAGGGGGAUCUUUGAUGCUGUGAAGGAGAUGAUUCCACUGGAUCUUCUGCUAGCUGUGCCUGUCCCUCCCCCUCCAGGAGUUAACAUCGAGGAGCACAUUCAGAUCCGCCAGGAGGAGAAGCGUCAGAGAAUCAACCGCCGGCAUAGAUUGGAGGAGGGAAGAGGCCCCCUUGUUUUUCCUGGUCCCAUUUUUAUGAACCAGCGUGAGCAGGCCCUAGCCAGAAUAAGACCCCUUCAGGCACUCAGGCAUAAACGGGACAAGCACAAAGAUGGUAGCAGUGAGCGCGGAGAGAAGGAUGCCAGCAAAAUUACCACCUAUCCCCCAGGGGCGGUGAGAUUCGACAGUGAGCUGCGAGCCGUUCAAGUCAGCUGCGGUUUUCACCAUUCAGUGGUCCUGAUGGAGAAUGGAGAUGUCUUCACAUUUGGGUAUGGCCAACACGGUCAGCUUGGUCAUGGAGACGUCAACUCCAGGGGCUCUCCGACUCUGGUUCAGGCACUGCCGGGACCAAGUGUCCAAGUGACCGCGGGCAGCAACCACACUGCUGUUCUUCUAAUGGACGGGCAGGUCUUCACUUUUGGUAGCUUCUCGAAAGGGCAGUUGGGCCGGCCCAUCCUGGACAUGCCCUACUGGAAUGCCAAGCCGUCACCCAUGCCCAAUAUCGGAGCCAAAUAUGGACGUAAGGCCACCUGGAUUGGCGCCAGUGGAGAUCAGACAUUUCUGCGGAUCGAUGAGGCUCUUAUUAACUCUCAUGUCCUCGCUACUUCUGAGAUCUUUGCUAGCAAGCACAUCAUUGGGCUUGUUCCCUCCUCUGUGUCUGAGCCACCUCCUUUUAAAUGUUUGCUGAUCAACAAAAUGGAUGGAAGCUGCAGAACCUUCAAUGACUCUGAGCAGGAGGACCUGCAGGGGUUUGGCCUCUGUUUGGACCCGGUUUAUGACGUCAUAUGGAGGUUCCUACCGGCCUCUACGGAGAUGUGGUGCUACAACGCAGUAAUAGCCGAUGCUAGGAUGCCCUCUGCAACAGAUCUACAAGCUCGCUGUAGCAUCCUCAGUCCAGAGCUUGCAUUGCCAUCAGGAUCGCAUGCAACCACCACUCGCUCUCAUGGAGCGCUACACAUCCUUGGUUGCCUGGAUACAUUAGCAGCCAUGCAGGAACUGAAGAUGGGUGUAGCGAGUGCAGAAGAAGAAACCCAGGCAGUGAUGAAGGUCUACUCUAAGGAGGACUACAGCGUCGUUAACCGCUUUGAGAGUCACGGGGGUGGCUGGGGUUACUCGGCUCACUCUGUGGAGGCCAUCCGUUUCUGUGCUGAUGCUGACAUCCUCCUGGGUGGACUGGGCCUGUUCGGUGGACGAGGGGAGUACACAGCCAAAAUCAAGCUUUUCGAGCUGGGACCCGACGGAGGCGACCAUGAGACUGAUGGUGAUCUGCUCGCUGAGACUGAUGUUCUGGCUUAUGACUGUGCAGCCAGGGAGAAAUAUGCCAUGAUGUUCGAUGAGCCGGUGCUGCUGCAGCUCGGCUGGUGGUACGUGGCGUGGGCCAGGGUUUCUGGUCCCAGCAGUGACUGCGGUUCCCAUGGACAGGCAACCAUCACAACUGAUGAUGGUGUGGUCUUUCAAUUUAAAAGCUCUAAGAAAUCCAACAAUGGUACAGAUGUUAAUGCGGGUCAGAUACCUCAGCUGCUUUACAGGCUUCCUUCCAAUGAUGGCAACGCCUCUAAAGGAAAACAGCAGACCAGCGAACCAGUUCAUAUCCUGAAACGGUCAUUUGCUCGUACGGUGUCUGUGGAGUGUUUUGAGUCUCUGCUGAGUGUUCUUCACUGGAGCUGGACCACAUUGGUGUUGGGAGUUGAGGAGCUUCGAGGGCUGAAGGGUUUCCAAUACACAGCCACACUGCUGGACCUGGAACGGCUCCGCUUUGUUGGGACGUGCUGCCUCCGCCUGCUCAGGGUCUACAUCUGUGAGAUAUUCCCCAUUGCAGCCAGCACCAAAGCUGUGGUGGAGGAGUCGAGCAAGCUGGCAGAGUGUGUGGGAAAGACGCGCAGCCUGCUGAAGAAGAUCCUGUCAGAAGGCAUGGAUAACUGCCUGACUAAACUGGAUAAUGACCCUCAGGGCUACCUGUCUCAGCCUCUUACCUUGCUGGAAGCUGUGCUGCAGGAGUGCCACAACACAUUCACUGCUUGCUUUCACUCGUUCUACCCAACUCCAGCUCUGCAGUGGGCCUGUCUUUGUGAUCUGCUCAACUGUCUAGACCAGGACAUCGCUGAGGCCAAUUUUCGCACUUCCAGCAGCCGUCUGCUGGCAGCUGUAAUGUCAGCUCUUUGUAACACUUCAGUCAAACUGACAUCCAUCUUGCCUAUUGCAUAUGAUGGAGAGGUGCUGCUGCGUUCACUGGUGAAACAAGUCAGCACGGAGAAUGACUCUGCCCUGGCUCAUCGCUUCCCCCUGCUGGUGGCCCAUAUGGAGAAACUCAGCCAUACUGAGGAGAACCUGAUGGGCAUGACCAGUUUCCGGGAGGUACUGGAGAAGAUGCUGGUGAUCGUGGUGCUGCCGGUGAGGAAAACUUUAAGGAAGGAAGUCGAGCUGUUCUCCCCUCACUUGGUUUCCAAUACCUGCGGGCUGCUGGCCUCCAUCGUCUCUGAACUCACUGCUUCCGCCAUGGGCUCUGAGGUUGAUGGGCUAAAUUCGCUCCACUCUGUGAAGGCAUCUCCAAACCGCUUCACCAAAACAAGCCAAGGGCGCAGCUGGAACACAGGCAACGGUUCCCCAGAUGCCAUCUGUCUGACAGUGGACAAGCCAGGUGUUGUGCUGGUAGGGGUCUGCGUCUACGGAGGGGGGGGCAUCCAUGAGUAUGAGCUGGAGGUGCUGGCUGAUGACGCGCAGACGGAACACCCGGGCGACUCAGCACAUUCUCACAGGUGGACGUCUUUAGAGCUGGUGAAGGGCACCUACAGCACUGAUGACUCUCCCAGUGAUAUUUCAGAGAUUCGCCUGGACAAGGCGGUGCCACUAAAGGAAGGGGUGAAAUAUGCAGUUCGGUUACGAAACUACGGCAGCAGGACAGCCAAUGGGGAUGGAGGGAUGACAACAGUGCAGUGCUCAGACGGUGUUUCCUUCACCUUCAGCACCUGCAGCUUGAGUAGCAAUGGAACCAAUCAGACCAGGGGUCAGAUCCCACAGAUUCUCUACUACAGGAGUGAGUACGAUGGGGACCUCCAGUCUCAGCUACUCAGCAAAGCCAAUGAGGAGGACAAGAACUGCAGCAGAGCUCUGUCUGUGGUCAGUGCUGUGGUCAGAGCUGCGAAGGACCUCCUCCACAGGGCAUUUGCAGUUGAUGCUGAUGAUAUUCCAGAGCUUUUAAGUUCUUCCAGCCUCUUCUCCAUGCUGCUGCCGCUGAUUCUGGCCUAUGUUGGACCUGUUGCUGCAUCCGUGCCAAAGGCUGCUGUUGAGGUCUUUGGACUAGUUCAAGAACUGCUUCCUGCUGUUUCUGCCCUCAACCAAAAAUACGCCCCACCCUCCUUUAACCCCAACCAGUCCACUGACAGCACCACCGGGAACCAGCCUGAGCUAGGCCUGUCUGCUUGCACCACUUCAAACCAUUAUUCAGUGAUUGAGAGUGACCACCCUUACAAACAAGCUGGUGUCACACAAUAUAGGGUGUCCUUCCCAGACUGCGUUCGGUGGACCACCAUUGAGUUUGAUCCCCAGUGUGGGACUGCACAGCCAGAGGACGCCCUUCGACUGCUCAUCCCCAGCCGCACGCUCCACCUUUCAAACCUGGGUGGGAAAUCUUUGAUCCACGACACCAUCAACACCUGGACUGAACUCAGGAAGUUCUCAGGCUCCACCGGCUGGCCGACCACCGUGCUGGUUCUUCCAGGAAAUGAAGUUCUCUUUUCACUGGAAACAGCCUCAGAUUAUGUGAAAGACGAAAAAGCUUCCUUCUACGGCUUUAAGUGUGUGGCCAUUGGAUACGAAUUUAAUCCAGGUCUCGAUGAGGGUAUAAUCCAACUAGAAAAAGAGUUGGCGUUCCUGGGCAGCGUGUGUGCUGCAGCUUUAAUGAAGAAAGAUUUGGCCCUCCCUAUUGGUAAUGAGUUGGAGGAAGAUCUUGAGAUUCUCGAAGAAGCCUCCCUUCAGGUGUGUAAAACCCACUCAGGGAUUCUGGGGAAAGGUCUGGCCCUCUCUCACUCUCCUACAAUACUUGAGGCCCUUGAGGGCACUCUACCUCUGCACAUCCAAACAAAUGAGCACUCUUUUCUCGAGGACUUUAUCACCUGUGUACCGAACUCAAGUGGCGGUCGACUAGCCAGAUGGCUGCAGCCAGACUCUUAUGCAGAUCCUCAAAAGACCGCUCUGAUCCUGAACAAAGAUGAUAUACGCUGUGGAUGGCCAGCUACCGUGGUCGUACAGACUAAAGACCAGUAUGGGGAUGUGGUGCAUGUUCCUAACAUGAAGGUGGAGGUAAAGGCUGUUCCAGUUUCCCAGAAAAAGUCGGUUCAAACGGAUAACAUGAAGAAACUGCAGAGGCUUCCUGGAAGCUCCUCUCCUUCGUCGUCCGGCCCUGACCUCACCUUUGGAGGUCUGCCAAUGCCUAAGCUGGAAGCCACCUAUGAGCCUGUGAUAGUGAAAGAAGCUCGAUACAUUGCCAUUACUAUGAUGAAGGCAUAUGAAAGCUACUCUUUUGAAGAGCUGCGUUUUGCUUCCCCCACUCCAAAGAGACCCAGUGAAAAUAUGCUCAUCCGCGCUAACACCGACGGGACCUACAGUGCCAACUGGACUCCUGGAGCUGUUGGCCUCUAUACAAUCCAUGUCACCAUCGAUGGCAUUGAAAUAGAUGCUGGGUUGGAGGUAGAAGUCAAAGACCCUCCAAAAGGGAUGAUACCACCUGGAACUCAGAUGGUAAAACAGAAGGCUGAACCUCAGCCUAGCAAGGUCCGCAAAUUUGUGUCCAAGGACAGCGCAGGCCUGCGUGUCCGUAGUCACCCUUCCUUGCAGAGUGAACAGAUAGGCAUAGUGCACGUCAAUGGCACCAUCACUUUUAUUGACGAGAUCCACAAUGAUGAUGGAAUAUGGCUCAGGCUCAAUGAUGAAACAGUAAAGAAGUAUGUUCCCAACAUGAAUGGUUACACAGAAGCCUGGUGCCUCUCUUUUAAUCAGCACCUGGGCAGGAACCUACUGGUCCCAGCUGACGAGGUCAGGGGCCAGUUGGAGGAGAACGUAAAGGAGGUGAGCAGCUGCCCUUCCCACGAGGCUCCCAUUCGGGUGCAGAACAGGGCAGGGCAGGGCGGCGGCCCGGGGCUUUAUAAGGUAGUGAAGACCGGCCCCUCUGGUCACAACAUCAGAAGCUGUCCAAACCUUAGGGGUAUCCCUAUUGGAAUGUUAGUACUUGGCAACAAAGUCAAGGCCAUAGGCGAGGUUGCAAACUCAGAGGGAACCUGGGUGCAGCUGGACAAGAACAGUGUAGUGGAGUUCUGUGAGAGUGAUGAAGGGGAGGCUUGGUCGUUGGCCAGAGAUCGUGGUGGAAACCAGUACCUUCGUCAUGAUGAUGAACAAGCUUUGAUCGAGCAUGGGAAUCAGACGCCACCACCCAGCCCCUUCUCUGUGCAAGCGUUCAGCAGAGCAACAACCUCAAAUGGAGCACAGGGCUUUGAUUAUGGCAUCACCAACAACAAAGGUGACCGGUUAAGUGCCAUAUUGAAUUCCAUUCAGUCUGGGCCCUUCCUCUCAGCAGCUCCCUCCUCCUCCGUAUUUGAUCAAGCCGCCCAACCUCCCUCCUCUUCCUCUUCCUCCUCCUCCUCCUCCUCCUCCUCCCUUGUCCACAGCCCAUUUGUGUUUGGACAGUCCCCCUCCCAAGUGUCUCAGCCACAACCACAGCUUCUGAGUGAGCGAGGGAAUCUGAUGUCCGGUGCGCGAUCCAUGUCCCAAGCCAGCAAGCAGCGUCAGGAGAAUCGCUCGCCUAAACUGGAGAGUCGAGGAAGCCGCUCCGCUGAGCAGGUCCGGGUAAAAACCAGCGAGGGUGGACUCUCGGCCAGCGAAGCCCUCAUCUUGCGGUCAGACACGGCCAAGCUGAGGAGCGAAUCUCACAGCCGCUCCCACUCACCCAACCAUAACACUCUACAGGCACUAAAGGCAGAUGGUAGAACUUCUGGAAAUCGGGCCGAGUCCCCAAAUCCGGGCUCUCGCUCCUCUUCUCCCAAACAAAAAGGUGUAUCCUCAUCGGGCCGAUCAAGUCCCUCAAGCACCUUAUCCCAGCUCUCUUCUUCAAGCAACCAUGACAAAAACCUCCCCCCCAAAGUCAGCCCUUCUUCUAAAGCCAAACUCGAUCCCCCCAGAGAGAGAUCUAAGUCGGACUCCUACACUCUUGAUCCAGACACACUUAGAAAAAAAAAGAUUCCCCUUACAGAACCGCUGAGAGGCAGAUCUACCUCUCCUAAAUCUAAACUGUCUCCUAAAGAUCCCAAUAAAGAAGUGAUCAGUAAUGCAGAAAACCGUGCUCCAUCUCCACAUGUGACCCAGGAGAACCUGCACAGUGAGGUAGUGGAGGUCUGCACCUCUAGCGCUCUCCUCUCCAACGAGGACAUCAACGAUGAGAACGUGGAACUCCGUAAUUCGGAAGAAGGCUCGUGUAAAGUCCACUUCAGCAUCGGCAAAGCUCCCGUCAAAGAGGAACUAGAGAGCCGCUCGUCACCCAAAGUCAGCCGCAAAACUUCCAGCCGACACACGCGUCCCAAGAAAGACAAAUCUGGACCGCUGUUCAAAGCCGAGAGUACGUCGAGAGUCACAGAGCCCGUCAAACAGGCCAUGUCGCCCUCAGUGUCUGAAUGUGCUCGUGCGGUUUUUGCUGCUUUCCUUUGGCAUGAGGGUAUCGUCCAUGACGCCAUGGCCUGUUCGUCCUUCCUUAAGUUUAACCCUGACUUAACCAAAGAGCAAGCCCCCAUUCGUAACUCCAUGGGAGGACAGGGGCCUGAGGAGAAAGAGAGCAAGUUAAAAAAUCGGCACUCCUUGGAGAUUUCUUCUGCACUCAACAUGUUUAAUAUCGCUCCCCAUGGUCCAGACAUCUCCAAAAUGGGCAGCAUCAACAAAAACAAAGUAUUAUCCAUGCUGAAGGAGCCUCCACUCCCAGAGAAGUGCGAGGACGGAAAAGGAGAGACCGCAUCCUAUGAGAUGACCUCUCAUCCCUGCUUGAGGCCAAAGUCAGUCUUGCCAUUAACCUUGCAGCAUUUAGUAGCGUUCUGGGAGGACAUUUCGAUGGCCACCAUCAAAGCAGCCACCCAGAACAUGAUCUUUCCCAGCCCGGGGUCCAGUGCUAUCUUAAAGAAGAAGGAGCAUGAAAAGGACAGCAAAAAGUCAAAGAAGGAGAAGAAAAAAAGGGAGAAGGCGGAGGUACGACCAAGAGGAAAUCUGUUCGGAGAGAUGGCUCAGCUCGCCAUGGGAGGACCGGAGAAAGACACAAUCUGUGAGCUGUGUGGGGAGUCUCAUCCUUACCCUGUCACCUACCACAUGAGACAGGCUCAUCCAGGCUGUGGUCGUUAUGCGGGAGGCCAGGGCUACAACAGUAUCGGUCAUUUCUGUGGAGGCUGGGCUGGAAAUUGUGGAGAUGGAGGCAUAGGAGGCAGCACCUGGUAUCUGGUGUGUGAUCGCUGUCGAGAGAAAUACCUCAGAGAGAAGCAGACCGCGGCCAGGGAGAAGGUGAAACAGUCAAGGAAGAAGCCUCUGCAGGUGAAGACCCCGAGAGCUCUACCUACCAUGGAGGCCCACCAGGUGAUCCGAGCCAACGCAUUGUUCCUGCUAUCCCUCAGCAGUGCAGCUGAGCCCAGCAUGUUGUGCCACCAUCCUCCCCGACCCCUUCACUCGCAGCUGCUCCCCAGCCUAAAGGAGGGAGUGUCAGAGGAACUCCCCAAUAAAAUGGGCUGCCUUUACCUACAAACUCUAGCGAGACAACACACUGAGAACUUUGGAGCUUACCAAGAUGACAACCUUUUCCAGGAUGAGAUGAGGUAUCUGCGGUCAACAUCUGUUCCCGCGCCCUACAUUUCCGUCACACCAGAUGCUUGUCCCAACGUGUUUGAGGAGCCAGAGAGUAAUAUGAAGUCCAUGCCCCCUAGUCUUGAAACCAGUCCAAUUACAGACAGUGACACUGCAAAGCGCACAGUUUUCCAGAGGUCGUACUCCGUUGUAGCAUCAGAGUAUGACAAGCAACACUCACCCUCUCCAGCCCGUGUCAAAGCUGUGCCCAGACGGAGGGUUCAUAGUGGUGACGCAGAAGUAGGCUCGUCUCUGUUACGCCACCCGUCUCCUGAGCUGUCCCGUCUCAUUUCGGCUCACGGCUCGCUCAGUAAAGGGGAGAGGAAUUUCCAGUGGCCUGUUUUGGCUUUUGUUAUUCAGCACCAUGACCUUGAAGGCCUGGAGGUGGCGAUGAAGCACGCUCUGAGAAAGUCUGCCUGCAGGGUGUUUGCUAUGGAGGCAUUCAACUGGCUGCUUUGCAAUGUGAUCCAGACCACUUCUCUGCACGACAUUCUCUGGCAUUUUGUAGCAUCUCUCACUCCAUCACCCUGUGAGCCAGAGGAUGAAGAAGAUGAGGAGAAUAGGGGCAACAAAGAAAAUUUAGAACAGGAAAGAGACCUUGGUGUAUGUGAACACCCUCUGUCAGACAUUGUGAUUGCUGGGGAGGCAGCUCAUCCUCUCCCCCACACUUUCCACCGCCUUCUUCAAACAAUCUCUGACCUCAUGAUGUCCCUUCCUAGUGGCAGUGCUCUACAGCAGAUGGCACUGAGGUGCUGGAGUCUCAAGUUCAAGCAGUCUGACCACCAGUUCCUCCAUCAGAGCAAUGUUUUCCAUCACAUCAACAACAUCCUGUCCAAGUCAGACGAUGGAGACAGCGAGGAGAGCUUCAACAUCAGUGUGCAGUCGGGCUAUGAAGCAAUGAGCCAGGAUCUCUGCCUGGUAACCUGCUUGAAGGACCUGACCAGUGUAGUAGACAUUAAGACAUCCAGUCGGCCCGCCAUGAUCGGCAGCCUAACAGAUGGCUCCACUGAGACCUUCUGGGAGUCUGGAGAUGAGGACAAAAACAAGACCAAAAGCAUAACCUUUAGCUGUGUGAAAGGCAUAAAUGCCACCAAGGUUUCUGUUCAUGUGGACAACUCCAGAGACAUCGGGAACAAAGUGACAUCAGUAACGUUUCUUUGUGGGAAAGCAAUAGAGGACCUCUGCAGAGUUAAGCAGGUUGACCUUGACUCGCGUCACAUGGGCUGGGUGACGUGCGAGCUUCCUGGAGGCGAUUAUCAUGUGAUCAAAGUGGAGCUAAAAGGCCCCGAAAACACUCUGAGGGUUCGUCAAGUGAAGGUACUUGGCUGGAAAGAGGGCGAGAGCAUCAAGAUUCUUGGUCAAAUCUCAGCCAGCAUGGCUCAGCAGAAAAACUGUGAAGCCGAGACACUGAGAGUUUUCCGCCUCAUCACCUCACAGGUUUUUGGCAAACUAAUCUGUGGAGAUGCAGAGCCAACUCCAGAGCAGGAGGAGAAAAAUCUGCUUUCAUCUCCAGAAGGAGAGGAUAAGGUACCAUCUGAUGCGGAUCUCAAGGAGCACAUGGUGGGAAUAAUUUUCAGCAGGAGCAAACUAACCAACCUGCAGAAACAAGUGUGCGCACAUAUUGUUCAGGCAAUCCGCAUGGAGGCCACACGUGUAAGGGAGGAGUGGGAACAUGCCAUCUCCAGCAAAGAGAACGCCAACUCCCAACCGAGUGACGACGAUGCCUCAUCCGACGCCUACUGCUUUGAGCUCCUCUCCAUGGUCCUGGCUCUGAGUGGCUCCAACGUGGGCCGCCAGUAUCUGGCACAACAGCUCACCCUCAUGCAAGACCUGUUUUCUCUCCUGCACACUGCUUCUCCGAGGGUGCAGAGACAGGUGACAUCUUUGCUUCGACGUGUCCUGCCGGAGGUGACACCGGUCCGCCUUGCCAGCAUUAUCGGGGUGAAGGCUCUGCCCCCAGCAGACAUUAGUGACAUAAUUCACUCAACGGAGAAAGGUGACUGGAACAAGCUCUGCAUCCUUGACAUGUUCCUGGGCUGCAUCGCAAAGGCCCUCACUGUGCAGCUGAAAGCCAAAGGCACCACCAUCUCCGGGACGGGCGGCACUGUUGCCGGGAAGGGCGUCACAACCGUCACCCUGCCCAUGAUCUUUAACUCCAGCUACAUCCGCAGAGGUGAGAGCCACUGGUGGAUGAAAGGGUCCACGCCUCCACAGAUUGCUGAGAUCAUCAUAAAGCUGGUCAAAGAUAUGGCAGCUGGCCACCUUUCAGAUGCCUGGUCGAGAGUGACCAAAAAUGCAAUCGCUGAGACCAUCAUAGCACUAACUAAAAUGGAGGAGGAGCAUCGAUCUCCUGUUCGCUGUAUAGCAACAACAAGGCUGUGGCUAGCCUUGGCAUCAUUGUGUGUGCUUGACCAGGAUCACGUAGACCGGCUCUCCUCUGGUCGCUGGAUGGGUAAAGAUGGACAGCAGAAGCAGAUGCCCAUGUGUGACAAUCACGAUGACGGCGAGACAGCAGCUAUCAUCCUGUGUAACAUAUGCGGCAACCUUUGCACCGACUGCGACCGCUUCCUCCAUCUGCACCGACGCACUCGUUCCCACCAGAGACAGGUGUUUAAGGAGGAAGAGGAGGCCAUAAAGGUUGAUCUUCAUGAAGGUUGUGGUAGGACCAAGCUAUUUUGGCUCAUGGCUCUUGCUGAUUCAAAGACGAUGAAGGCCAUGGUGGAGUUCAGAGAGCACACGGGUAAACCAGCAUCCAGCAGCUCAGACGCCUGCAGGUUCUGUGGUACAAGAAAUGGAACCGAACUGUCUGCAGUGGGGAGCGUCUGCUCGGAUCCAGACUGUCAGGAGUAUGCUAAGCUGGCCUGCAGUAAGACUCAUCCCUGUGGACACCCCUGUGGAGGAGUCAAGAACGAGGAGGCCUGCCUGCCGUGUCUGCAUGGCUGCGAUAAGAAUGCCGGCUGUCUGAAGCAGGAUGCAGAUGAUAUGUGUAUGAUCUGCUUCACAGAGGCACUCUCUGCUGCUCCUGCAGUACAGCUGGACUGCACUCACGUGUUUCACCUUCAGUGCACUCGUCGUGUUCUUGAAAACCGCUGGCUUGGGCCUCGCAUUACGUUUGGGUUCAUGCUGUGUCCGAUUUGCAAGAACAAAAUCAAUCAUUCUGUAAUCAAAGACCUCCUGGAUCCCAUUAAGGAGCUUUAUGAAGAUGUGAGGAGAAAAGCUCUGAUGAGGUUGGAGUAUGAGGGGCUACACAAGAGUGAGGCGAUAACUACACCAGGAGCACGCUUCCACAACGACCCCGCAGGCUUUGCCAUGAACAGAUACGCCUACUACGUCUGCUACAAGUGCAAAAAGGCUUAUUUUGGAGGAGAGGCUCGCUGUGAUGCAGAAGCAGGACAAGGUGAUGACUAUGACCCCAGCGAACUGAUCUGUGGAGCAUGCUCGGAUGUCUCCAGGGCCCAGAUGUGCUCCAAACACGGCACAGAUUUCCUGGAGUAUAAAUGCCGGUACUGCUGCUCCGUGGCUGUUUUCUUCUGCUUUGGAACCACACACUUCUGUAACGCCUGCCAUGACGACUUCCAGAGAAUGACCAGUGUUCCCAAGGAGGAACUCCCUCGCUGUCCUGCAGGGCCCAAGGGCAAGCAGCUGGAAGGCACUGAGUGCCCUUUGCAUGUGGUCCACCCACCGACGGGUGAAGAAUUUGCUCUGGGCUGUGGAGUGUGCAGGAAUGCCCACACCUUUUAAACUUUAAGAGACUUACUGAAAACCAGUCGGUCUACUGUGAUUUUUAUCACCGCCACCACUGCUGAGACUCGGUGAAAAAGCUCAGCUCUGGCUUUGAGUGUCCUGGACCGCAGACCAGGUCUCCGCUUCACACACAGAGUCGUCAUGUCUGCUCUUUCACCAACAUCAGGAUCCGAGCUCUGCUGCGAGCACAGGCUGUUGCUCCUUUGGACUCAGAGCAAACUUAAAAAUAAAAUAACUUUUUUUUUUCAAAAAAGAAAAACAAGAACGGAAAAAAAGAAAAUACCUUGUGGCGUGUUUGCAUGCAGCCGUUGUAAUCCCUCGGCUUCUAUAGACGUUGCACACCUCCCAAUCACCGAACUGUAACGAUGUAACAUUGAAGAUUAAAUAAAUGAUUAAAUAAAUUUGCUUAAACGCGAAUGUGGAUGAACGUGAGUUUGAAAAGAGGGGAAAAAAUACAAAGAAAGGGGCCAUAUUUCCAGCUUCCUUACUAUAAAUUUAAAACAUUGUUGUAUGUAAACUUUUUUCGUAAUCUUGUACAGUAUUCUCCACUGUCAAGUGCUUCAUGAGUUGACAGACAAACUACAAAAGGUGAGUUGGUUGUUAAGACUGUUAAGAAUAUCACAUUCGGGGUGGAAAUAGUGCGCGGUUAAUCUAAUCUUGUAUAUAGCGAUACUAUUCAAAGUAGCUGUAUUCCGAAGUUGCUCUCUUCACUUCAGUUUUGUUUGGUAUUCUGGGUUUUGUUUUGAGCCAGAACUUUUAAUGAAGUGCAAUACUGGGUGUGCCUCCUAUUUUGCAGCUGUUUAAUCUAUGGAAUGUAUGUCAAAUAAAACCACUGUACAUUUUUAUACAGCCCCCGCCCCAUCUCUUAAUGUCAGUUCUCUUCUAUUACUGUCUGGAAAAGAGGAACCUGGCACUUGCAGUGAAAGAUGGUGGAUGUAAAUUGUGUUUGCAGCUCUGAUAAAUUAAAAACAAGGCAUCAAAAUCCUGCAGAAAUACGAGAACAAAAAAAGGCACUAAAGGAGUGGUUACAGCUGAAGGGUUCAAGGGUCCAGUCUUUACACCAAAUACAAUAGUGCACCUGUACGCUUUUUCCUAGUACGUGGCUGGGAGAUCUGGGGGGCAAAGAGGCAGAGAGUGGGGAAUAAAAAAAAGAUUAAAGAAGCAGCUGCUGUUAAAUAAAAAGCUUAUAACUUGUGAAUCUGCUCUGUAAUCUGUGGUGGAUGGAGUUGAAUGGUAAUAAACCAGAUUCUCUGUUUCACAAAUUA